UUCAAGAAAGCAAUAAACCUUUCUUCAGAUAUUUCUCCUUCUUUUUCAUUUCUAACAUGGUAUCAGAGUUAUAAGCUCUUGGUUCUUUUCUCUUAUCAUCGCUGUUGGGUUUUUUUGGAGUUGGAUUUUCAAUUCCAUUCCAGAUCUAAAACUUUGUCAUUGGGAUCUCUUCUCAUACAGAUUGGAUUGUUUAUCCUCGAUUCUCAGACUCUUUCUGAGGUAUUUUGUUGGUUUGUUAUUUCGAUCUUGGCAUCUAUUUCUCCAUAUUUUUAGAGUUUUUUAGUAUUGUGAGUUUACUGAUUCUAUGACAAGUUUUGAAAGGAUUGUAACUCAUCCUGCUACUGCUACGGUUGCCAAAGAAGUGAUAGAACAACCUAAUGUCAACCUUGAAUCCCUAAAACAGGUGAUAUUAAAUCUUUUUAAUGCUCCUACUGCCUUAUCUACUGGUCCGGGUACCAAACCUUGGUAUUUCGAUUCUGGUUGUUGUAACCAUAUGUCUUCAAUUACUGCUCAUUUCUCUUCAAUGUUACCUAAUAAUUCAUUUCCUGAUAUUUAUUCUGCUGAUGGUUCCCCUAUGAAUGUUAGUCACAUUGGUAAUGUUUCUACAAAGUCAUUGACUUUACCAAAUGCCCUUUUAGUUCCAAAACUUAGUUAUAAUCUUCUAUCUGUCGGUCAAUUAUGCGAUCUUGGUCUUGAAGUAACAUUUUCUACUCAUGGUUGUCGUGUGCAGGACCCACGGACAGGACAACUUCUUGGAACUGGUCGCAAGGUGGGGCGUUUGUUUGAGCUCAACUAUCUGCAUAUUUCUGAUAAUAAAAUGGAUACACCAUCAUUUCCAAAUGAUAGAUUCAUCCAAACCCUGCUUUGUGCUAUUGAAUUAGAGUCUUUGCAAAUUCCAUAUCAACAAAUCCUCCAAGUCUGUGCUGCUACUAACAUUUCUCCUAUCCAUUUGUGGCACUCACGACUCGAACAUACCUCUGUCGGUAAACUUCAUCCACUUAUCUCUCGUGGUUUAUUAGGAUCAGUUCCGAAUGAAUCUGUGCAUUGUGUGUCAUGUCAAUCUGCAAAGCAACCAGCUUUAUCUUUUUCGAGUAGUCAUUCUCAUUCUACUGCUCCUUUUGAUCUUGUGCAUUCUGAUUAUGCCUCCGAUCUUGUUUCUAAAGCUGAACUCAAUGAUGGAAAGAGUGUUUCUACACCUCUUGAACCUAAUGUCAAGCUUACACCUAUGGAUGGCUCUCCACUUUCUGAUCCUACUCGCUAUUGGCAAUUGGUUGGUAGUCUGGUUUAUCUUACUACGACACGCCCUGAUAUAGCAUAUGCAGUUCACAUUGUUAGUCAAUUUAUGGCUACUCCUCGCUCCACUCAUUAUGCAGCAAUACUUCGCAUUAUUCGCUAUGUUAAGGGAACAUUAUUUCAUGGACUCCAUUUUUUUGCCAACUCCUCCCCUGUGCUUCGCGCUUACUCUAAUGCUGAUUGGGCUGGUGAUCCUUCUGAUCGUAGAUCUACCACCGGUUACUGUCUUUUCCUUGGUAAUUCUCUCAUCUCUUGGCGAAGUAAGAAACAAGCUAUUCCAUCUCGCUCUAGUACUGAAGCUAAGUAUAGAGCUCUCGAGGAUACCACAUCAGAACUUCUUUCAUUGCGAUGGCUUCUUGAAGAUAUGGGCAUUCCUCAACCUUCCUCUACUGAUUUAUAUUGUGAUAAUCAAAGUGCUAUGCAGAUUGCUCAUAAUGAUGUCUUUCAUGAACGCACUAAACACAUUGAGGUUGAUUGUCACUUUAUUCGCCAUCAUGUUGCACAAGGAACUGUUCGUUUGGUUUUCAUUGGCUCCACUGAUCAACCAGCAGAUCUCUUUACCAAGACUCAUUUUCUUGGACGCUUUCGUACUCUUCUUUCCAAACUCAAGUUGAUUUCAUCACAACCACCUUGAGUUUAAGGGGGGAUGUUAAGAUGUGAACAUAAUUAUAUUUAGAAUUAUUGUAAAUAUUUUAUACUUUAGAAUAUUCUCUUUGUAUACUUUAUACCUUAAAAUAUUCUCUUUGUAAACACCUAUACAUAGGUCAUUGUACAUACAGUAUAAUUCAAGAAAGCAAUAAACUUUUCUUCAGAUA